AUCACAUAAAAAAAAAAAAUAUAAUAAAAAAAAAUACGUUUAGCAAUAUAUUCUUUUUUUAGAUUAAUGACAGCAAAUUAUAAUAGAGGCACAUUAAUUCCGCAUGCCUGAAAUGAGCUUCGAACUGCACAGCUGCGAGCUGUAUCCACGUAUACGGCCCACUGAAUUUUAUCGGACGCCCGAGCCGAGAGUCUCGGUACAAAGCCGGAAAGCCGAACAUCCAAGGGAGAAUGUGGGAAUGGCGAUGACGACCAAUGCGAAUAUAACAUUCCCUCACAUUAUACCGCCGCGAACAUCGGGAAUGCGCGUCCAGCGCAACAGUUACUUCUCCUAGGCGAACUACUAGGGAGAGGUGACAACAUGCAUGGGAUCGUUAUGCCAGGCGUAAAGUAAUAUAAUGUCUAUGUUAAAUGUUUCUUAAAAUUGACUGUGGCAUAUUUUUUUUUUCGUAUAUAAUAUAACAUAUAAUGUAAAAUCAAA